AUGCCAGCGCCACUCGUCUUCGCCCUUGGCACCCCGUCCACCACCGUGGUCGAGGAUGAUGGCAGCGCGGAUGCGGCCGAGAAGGAGCGGAUCAAAGCGAGCGUGUUCGCGGCCAAGAACGAGGUUCUGCGCAAAAUCUUUGGCUUCGACGGCGCCGGCAUGCUCAAGGCUGUGGCUGGCGACAGGACGCUGAGGGGAGUCGGGAAGCUUCUGAAAGGCAGCCGGGAUGAUACGCCGCCGGGACUGGGCAACUGGGACAACUCUUGCUAUCAGAAUUGUGUGAUACAGGGUCUGGCGUCUUUGCGCAGCCUUGAUGGCUUCCUCACAAAGGGGAUGUCUACGUUUGAUAGCUUGACUGAUGAUUCCACGCAUGGCGCUCUGUUGGACAUCUCCCAGAAACUCAACGACCCGGGCAACCAUGGCCGGCAUCUCUGGACUCCCGCAAAGUUGAAGAGCAUGAGUAGUUGGCAGCAACAGGAUGCGCAGGAAUACUUCUCAAAGAUCCUCGAUGAGAUUGACAAGGAGAUCUCGCGAGCUGAGAAGCAAUCGCGCAAGCUCGCUGGACUGGAAGAUCUUCCCUUCUCGCAUGAAAACACACAAAGCAAUGUCCAAAUGUUCCGGAAGUCCCCCUCUACCUCAUUCCCGGAGACGCUGCGCAAUCCGCUGGAAGGACUCCUCGCACAACGAGUUGGCUGCAUGAGCUGUGGCUUCACUGAAGGUUUAUCCAUGAUUCCUUUCAACUGCCUCACUGUACCUCUCCAGAACUUGUGGGGAUAUGGAUGCGAAAUCCGUGACUGUCUGCAUGAAUACACCAAGCUCGAGCCCAUCGAAGGUGUUGAAUGCGCCAAAUGUACCCUGCUGCGGACAAAAGACAACAUGGAGCGCCUUCUUAGCAACGGAGAUGGAUCUGAACAGCCCGAAGCUUUGCGCGAGUCGCUUAAAUCUCGCCUCGAUACCGUCCGCCAGGCUCUGGAAGAUGAGGACUUUGCCGACAAUACUGUCAUCAAGAGAUGCCAAAUUCCGCGGAAGAAUUGGACCAGCAGCACCAAGUCCAGGCAAGCCGUUAUCGGCCGCCCGCCGAAAUCUCUUGUUAUUCACGUUAACCGGAGCGUCUUUGAUGAGAUGACCGGUGCUAUGAGCAAAAACUAUGCUAGCGUCAAGUUCCCAGAAGUUUUGGACCUUGGUCCCUGGGCUCUGGGCAGUGGAGAUGGGGAAGAGAUGAGGGGAUGGCCCACGAAUCCUACCGAGUCUAUGAUUGCUCCUCCCUCGUCAGCUCCUUGUGGUUCUUCGCCAGUGCUCCCCUACGAGUUGAGGUCUGUGGUCACUCACUACGGAAGGCAUGAGAAUGGUCAUUACAUCUGCUACCGGAAGCAUCCGUACGAGGCUGAAGACCAUGAUUCUGAUAGGGGUGAAGAAGAGCCGCUGAUUAGGAAUGAGGAGACUGAGCGCUGGUGGCGUUUGAGCGAUGAGGAUGUUUCGAGGGUUUCCAAGGAAGACGUUCUUGCACAGGGCGGCGUCUUCAUGUUGUUUUACGAGGCUAUGGAGGUCCCGCGAGCAGCUGAGCCUGACAGGCGGACAUCGACCGCAACGAUCAAGGCCGUGGUGCCUACACUUGCAGCCAUAGAGCCUUACUCUCCAGUUGAGGAGCAGGAUGAGGAUCCUGCCACCGCUGAUGCGUUCUACGAAGCCGAUGAUACUGUUGACCACAGUACUCCAUUGAUGGAGGAAAAGGCGUUCCGUGGUAUUUCACGUCGAACUUCGACGGCUACACUCAGAGCGGCGGCAGCGCCAUCCUCUGAGGUCGAGCAUUAUGAGGCUGUGGCAGAGCAAGAGGAUGAAGGGUCUCCCAUUGAUGAGCUAUCGCACGAAGAUGGUAUGGACCAUUUGCCUGAAGACGAUAACCUGGACGAUAGUUUGCCGGCACUAGCAGGUGCUCCCAGCAACACGAUUACACCCAAGUCAUCUUUCACGCAUGAUCCGGCAUACGCAAUCGCGAAGGCGCAAGAACCCGAAAUGCCUUCGUACAACGUCCCUCAGCCUGCCUAUGUCCACGAGGACUCGUCAGACGAAUACAACUCGGAAGAGUACAACUCGGAACCUGACGAUAACGCCGUUCUUCCAUUGCAAGAGCGUAGACACAACCGCCAGCGCAACUCCACGAUUUCGAUCUCGUCGACGAGCUCUGCCCCAUCGAACCAAAUCCCCUCGGCUCCGCUCAGUAUCUCGCCUUCAGCCGAAGACGAGCCAACGCCGUACGCAGAGCCGCCGGAAUCCGCGCUGUUCUCUCCAACAAGCACAAUCCGCCACUCGUACGCAGAUUACGGGCCGCAAACGCCAAUCAUCGAUUUCCAAGGGCCCCGCUCCCCGGUCUACACGCGCGCGAUCGAAGAGAGCAUCGAAGAGGAAGAAGACGAGCCGCGUUGGUCGACCAGCAGGAGCGAAUACGCCCCCAGCACAAUCGGCGGCUCGAUAUCCGGCUCCAUCUCUGGCUCGAUAGCCGGCUCGGUGGCCGGCAGCGAGUACGCGCCCAGCUACGCGCCGAGCAGCGCCGCGCCCAGCGAAGGCGACGCAAGCGACUACGAGGGCUACGCCGAGUCGGGGGUCGGAGAGGACGAGAGCGUGGACGGCGAGGAGACGCAGGAGGCGCCGAAGCGGUUCAGUCAGACGAUGAGGACGGCGGGCGCGGGGCCCGGCUCUGGGCAGGGCGAGGUGCGGAGUAGUCAGGACGGAGAUAGAGAGAAGAUGGGCCUGGAUGGGCUGAGGAUGGUCACGGCUUCGUGA